AUGAGUCAUCAUAACCUGAAUCCUGUGAAAGCUAAAAUCAAUCACUACCAACAAUUCUUGAAGAAAAGGAGCUUCAACCCUGAGCCACGACCACAUCUACAAUAUAUAAAGCUCUCCGUUAAGGAGCCUCAGUACAUUUACAAGCAUCAUGACCAAGCAUACUUGAAGUUAGGAGCUCUGGAUCGUUUCAAUUUCGAUGACCAUCACAAUUUGGUGUCUCCUUUGAUUGCAUUCAAUAACUCCUUAAUUUCUCAUUCAUUUUAUAUUCUCAUGACUUUAAUUUUAGUGCUUAUCGUGUCUGCUGUAAUAUCCUUCGGUGUUAGAGAAUACCUAUUGUUUCAAAAAGCAAAGAAAGAAUCAGAGAAAAACGAUGAGCUCAAACUUAAACAAUGGUCGCAAACUGAAGAUCAAGAGGCACAGAAAAUCACUAUCAACGGAGGCGAUUUACUGAGUUUGGAAAAGGUUAUACAGAAACAAGAACCGUUGGGUUUAGUUCCCAAUAUAAAAGACGAGUCUGGACUCACAAAAUUUGCUAAUGACACUCCCACCACAGACAACAGAGAAUGGGGUUUACAACAGAAAUAUGCACUCACAAGUGCUGCGAUAAGUUUGGAUGGCACCGGUUCUGAAAGAAGACACAAGGAUCAAGUUAGUGGGUUUAGCGACAAAUCUAUUAGCAAAUACGCAAAGAAUCUGCUGCCUUUGGUUUCAUCAUUCAAGGAUGACAGGAUUCGUUAUACCAUAGCUGAAUUACACAGUCUCAAUACAAGCAAAUUGAAUCUGGAUGUUAUUCAUAAGGCCCCCGAAGGAAUUCGGAGAAUUCCGAUCUCACGGUUGGUAACAUGCCUGGUAGUCAUCCCCACAACCAGGUUUGAACAUGCUUGGGAGGCAAAUAAGACACUUAUGGAGAUUCUGAAAUCAUUGAAUGAGUCUGAGUUGAAAGCUGAGAAGGUGCUUGCAGCUUUCAAACUAGUCUCAAUUGGAAAGCAGACUGAAUUUUUUGAAAACCCUAACCUCUUCUUGGGAUAUUUCAACACAUGUAUCGAAGACUUGGUCCACACUUGUAUUCUUUUUGAUUUAUGGUCGUAUUGCAGUGCAACUCUCACAGUACAACUACUUGAAUGUAUGUUGAUAUACUGCUGGUCACAUGCUAGAUACCAAGUACAAACUCCGAGGAGGUUGAGCAUGGAACAACAAUUUGUCAAAUGGAACGGAAGACAGCCUCCUAUCCAGUCACAAAUGUCGAUUCUUCACGUUUUGUUCAACUUAUUUUUGGGUUUGAAAACGGCCAUUGCUUUACCAGAGGAUGUCGCUAAGGAAAAUGAGUUGAAACUAGGUCUCGUUAUUCGUGAGCUCAUUAAAAAGAGUGUCUGCAAUGAUUACAUCCAAAUCUUACCAAUGAUUGCUAGAGCUUCAGAGGCUUCCUCCAAUAAUAGAUCAAAGUUAUUCUUUUACGAGAUGACGAAGCUUCUAGUUUCAAACCACAGAAAUUGCUGCGUAAACGUUUACCUCAAGGACUCCAACUUUGAGUUGAAAUCUUUGCUAAAGAAGGGUUUACUGAAUCUCGAGCUGGAUCCUAUUUACAAAAGGUCCAAAGAGAUACUCGGACUUAUUCUUGAAUGUGGGAAGGAAGCAGAGAUCUGGCAAUUGGAAGUAUUGGACAGUGAGAGUCAUCUACCAUCAAGCUUACCCUUAUCUAGCGAGUAUACUGAGCGUCUUUUUGUUCAAGAAAGAAAGAGCUAA